UCACGAUUUACCAAAACUGUUUUACUUCCUGGUUUACAGCGCAUGCUCCCAUCGUUAGCACGUUGAUGCUCCCCACUUUUCUACAACGACCUGCCUCAGAGUUUCCAUGGCGAAAAACAACAAGUCUGUGAAAUUGGAACCCAAAUCUCCUAAGAGGAAAAAGUCUAGUUUAAAUGAAAGUCCAGUUUCUGUGGAAGACAUUGUUGAGACAAAAGCAAAAAAGAAAAAGGAUUGUCAAGUAGAGUUCCCAUCUGUAAUUAAAGUAAAACAUCAAAAAAACUUGGAAAAGACCAAAAAGCGCAAAAAAAAGGAAGGAGACAAAGAGCAGUCACAACCAAAGCAAACUGAGAUCACAGAGCUGUCCAGCUGUCCUGAUGGGACACAGGAGCCACAGGAGGACAAACUGGAAGGGGAACUCAGUCCUGAGGAGAGGCGAGUUCUGGAGAGAAAGGUUAAGAAGAUUCUGAAGAAAGAGGAGAAGAAGAGGCUCAAAGCUGAAGGACACUCUGAUGGAAAAACAGUAGCAGCUGGGCCAAGUGCGUCUCAGCAGGCGUUGGAAUAUGUUACAUGUUGGGCUGAAAAUCGAUCAGUGUGGAAGUUCCAGAAGACCAGGCAGACGUGGUUAUUGCAGCACAUGUUUGACUCGGAAAAGAUUCCAGAUGAAAAAUUCUCUUUGCUGCUACAGUACCUGGAGGGGCUUCGUGGGAUGGCCCGGGACACCACAGUUGAGAAGGCCAUGUCCAUGGUGGAAGAAUCUGGACGGGCACCAGAGGAUGCAGUUGUCCAGCAGAGGGCGCACAGAGCCAGAGAAAUCAUUCAGAUGCUCUCUUGAUCCUUAAGCAGUGAUGGGACUGAUCAGAAACAAGCUGCUUUUAAAAAACAAAUAAAAUAAAAUGGACCGAAUAACAGUAUAUGUACCGAAACCAUUUGUUUCAAUACAGAAUUAAUACAUGAUCUUUUUACUAAUGGGUGGUAAUAUAUUUACCCCAUUUUCCUCUUUUUUGGGGUGGUAAUAAAAUACAAGUUUGCC